CGUCGAUGGCAGUUGCAUCCACGUUCUCGAGGGCAAACAAACGUUCAAAAAAGUUUGAAACAAGACGUUGCAGCCCCGCGGACACAAAGCCUUCGAAUUCCAGCUAAUAUUCCGGGAAAAAAGUGGAAACUCGCGAGUGUCAAAGUCAAUAGUCGGAGGGGCCAGAGUUUCGUGCGACUGCGGGCGUGUAGCUGAUGCCCCAUGAAUCUGGUACAGACCUGUCAAGUCGAGAAAAAGCAGGGACGACUCGAAAGGUUAUAUACACUCACAUGAGACAUCCAAACGCUUUUUGCAUGCCCUUUUACUGGAUUUUUUCGUAAAGCUUAACUCGGUUAGAUACAUAAUGUCUCAAAGCAAUGCUGAGCAAACUGCGAGACAGCAGCACGGAUUUUGUAACGCUAUUUUCUCGACCUCGCCGGUCAACUUCAAUAAAGAGAACAAACCCCCUUCUAGGACAGUUGGUGCAACGUCCACUUCAACCAGCUCGAAUAGAGGUUCUCCAUCAUGCAAAAGAAACCUGAUCAACUAUUUGCCACAUAGCAAAGCCAGCGAACAAAGUACUAAAAAUGUAAUACAGAAACCUACCAGGACGCCGAAGAAGGUUGCUCAAAACCUUCUGAGAUCACAAUCCGAGACCAUGUUGCAAAACAAAGAGCAGAGUGCGUUGCAGUCGUCUGCAUCUAAGUUUCCUUCUGAGGAAAAAUUAAGAGUGAUCAAUAAGAAUGCGGCGAAUCCUAGGCUUUCUGGAGACAAGACUCCUGUCACUCAUUUCUGCACGCCCAAAAAUCCAAGGUCUGGGGCUAACUCGGCACGCAAACCUGGGAAGCGCUUUUUUAGUGACAAUGCUUUGCCGCAAACUCCAGACUGCUACAAUUCCGUGCAUCUGGAGACACCAAGAGCAAAGACUGACAAUGGAAUUGACGAACAAACUGUAUUAGAAGGAGAGAGUAGUAAUUUAACUGUAGGAGUUAGAGUAAGGCCAUUAAGUUUUAAGGAACAAACCGAACCAAAGAUAACGUCUAUUGUUGAAGUUACUGGUCAAAACAUAGUAGUUGACUGUGAUACGUCCCAACAUACUUUUAUGUAUGAUCAUUGUUUCAUUUCUCACAAUGAUCAUCUAAAUCCUGGUCAUGCCAGUCAAGAAACAGUAUUCAAUAGCAUAGGUCUUCCUUUGGUUCAAAACGCUUUCGAAGGGUAUAAUGUGUGUCUCUUUGCAUAUGGUCAGACUGGAUCCGGAAAAAGUUAUAGUAUGAUGGGAGCAGAACCCUCCCAGCCAAAUUCUACGGAAAUAAAUCCAGAUGCUGGUAUCAUUCCACGUUUUUGCCAUGAAAUUUUUACACGCAUAUCGCUGGAUCAUAAAAAUAAUAUUACUGUUGAAAUAAGUUAUUUUGAAAUCUAUAAUGAAAAGAUUCACGACCUGCUCAUUAGUAAUAAUAAUGGCAGCAAGAGAGCGCCAUUAAAAGUACGCGAACAUCCCGUACUUGGACCAUACAUUGUAGAUUUGAGCCAACAUACUGUGCAAAGUUAUGAAGACCUAAAGACAUGGUUAAAAGUUGGAAAUUCUCAAAGAGCUACUGCAGCAACAGGGAUGAAUGAGAAAAGUUCCAGAUCCCAUAGUAUUUUUAGUAUAAUUUUAACUCAAACCCAGUCUAAGGCACCAUCGAAAGCUAAGCAAGGGGAUGAUAGUCGACGAAGCAAAAUAAAUUUGGUCGAUCUUGCUGGAAGUGAAAGACUGAGCAAUACAGGUGCCUGUGGUGACAGAUUAAGAGAAGGUGUGUCUAUAAAUAAGUCGCUUCUUACAUUGGGAAAAGUUAUUGGAUCUCUAGCAGAGAGUACAAACGAGCGGAAACGAGGUUUCGUCCCUUAUCGAGAAUCUGUUUUAACUUGGCUUUUAAAGGAAAGCUUGGGUGGUAAUUCGAGAACAGCGAUGCUGGGCACCAUAUCUCCCGCCAAUAUCCACCUGGAGGAGACUUUAGCGACGUUGCGCUACGCCUGUCAGGCUAGAGCCAUAGUCAACAGAGUGAGGAUCAACGAAGAUCCUCAAGACAGACUGAUAAGGCAAUUAAAGGCAGAAAUAACUCGAUUAAGAGAUGUAUGCGAGAAACAACUGAGACUAACUCCUCGCAACUUGUUGGACACAAUUGAAGUAUCAUCUGACAAUUCCGAUGAGGUUGUGAACAAGCAACGGGAGAUUAACCGACUAAAGGACCAGCUGAAGAAAAUGGAAGAACUGCUUCUCGCCACGCAAAAAUCCUGGGAGGAGAAGCUGCGAGAAGCCCAGGAGAAGAAGAAUACCGAGUUGACUUAUCUGCGACGCUGUGGUAUCGCCAUCGAGCUAGACUUCAAGGAGAAACCUCGGGAGCCGUGUCUUGUCAAUCUUGCCGCUGAUCCUAUGCUGUCUGGUACACUCUUGUAUCUAAUUCCUCCAGGUAGUGUUCGUGUGGGCAGAGCGCCAAGGCCCGGUACUCCUUCAAAGAAGGUCGACAUCGUGCUGGACGGGCCGCUGAUAAAGAAACUUCACUGCACCAUUGAGAAUAAUCACGGGAAGUUAACUUUCUAUCCAGAAAAGGAUGGAGAAAAUUACGUAAAUGGAGAGUUGGUUCGCGGUAGAGUCAAGUUAAAGCAUGGAGAUAGAUUGGUUAUUGGAGGAAACCAUUACUUUAAAGUUUGCAUUCCACAUGAUGAUCCAGAAACUGCUCAGAUGUCUGUUCAACCAAUAGAUUUCGACUAUGCUUAUCAAGAAGUCCUUCGUAUUCAAGAAGAAAAGUUGAGAGCUGAACUAGAAGAGUCGAAACAAAAAGCCAUGAAAGAAUUGGAGAACGCAAAGCGUGAGGUAGAAAUGCAAUUGGACUCUCAAAAAUCCGCUUACGAAACUGAAAUACAGCGGUUGGGUUCAAAUCUCGAAGAGCAUAAACUUGCAUUAGAAGAAAUGAAUCGCAAGAAGAAAGAGCUUGAACUCGAAAAAUUGCUCCUCGCAAGUGAAAUCGAAACUAAUAACAAGUUAAGAAGACUUGAAAUCGAAGAUUCUGGAAUAAGUGUUUCGCCGUAUAAAUCGAAUUUUCUCCAAGAACUCGAAGAAAUACUCAAUGGAACUACCGCUGACGCCGAAACUGCCUUGACCGUUAAGACUAGCAUUGAUGCUAUGAAAACAGGAGGAGUUAGCCUUCACGAGAUACAAUUAUUAGUCAGAGAAGCUACAGAGAGAUGCAGGGAUGUCGGCGUUAACUAUGAAUUUCAUCAGCAGCAAAUAGUAGUAGAUAAAGGCCUACAACCUGUAAUUCGUGUGCGAGACAAAGAUAACAUGGUUGAAAGUCUUUGGCAACCUUUGCGUUUUCUCGACUGGAUUCAUCGAUUGCGAGAUCACGAGCUUGAGAAUUCUAUAAAAGAGCUGCAAGAUUCCGAAGACAAAUGGGACCCAUUUGAGGACAGUGAUAUCGUACCAGAUUCACUGUACUCCAGCCGAAUAUCGAUAAAUAUGACACCUGUAAAAAAGCAACUCAACGAAAGUUUGAGUCAAUUUUCAGUUGACGCAUCGUUUCUCGACGGCUCAAUGGCUGAUCAAACGUCCGAAUCUAUUGUACAAAAACGUCGUGAUGACAUACAUCAAUGUUUGAUUCAAAUGGAGCUAGCUUCAAAAACUUUGAAAGGACUCUGCCAUCAGUACGAAUCUAGAGAAGUAAGCGGAAAAGUAACACAAGCCUUAGAUAAAGUAAACAUGAUAAUGCAGCAGCUGAAAGUCACUUUGGAGGAAAAAGCUCCGACCGAAGCUAGCAGUACCGAGAGCGUAACUUCUAAUGUCAGCAAUAAUGAUAAUACCGUAAUUGAAAACUCCGAGACUGAUAAAAACACCCAACCCUUUGCCUUCGGUAAGAAAUAUUUUCACGACAGCGCUGCCUCACCCGCAAAGUCUAAUCUGCGAAGCACAUGCCCAUUUCUCAAGAACGAUAAUGCUUCAAGGUCUGUUAGAUUUAAUUUCAAGUGAUAGCGAUUAGGGACCAGUUAAUAUGUUUAUAUUUUAAUUGAAGAUGUAAAAAGUGAGAUGUUUGUCUUAGUGUUAAAGUAGAGCUUUGGGCAGAGAAAAAAUAUGUAUAGAAAUGCGAUGCGUUAAUUAGAGGUACUAAAGAUAAGACUCGUUUUUUAUUUCCAACUUUAGGAUAUAAGCAUCAAGUUUAUUCUAAGUAGAAAAAUGCCAUGACGUUUUACUUAAACGUAUUAUUACUUUUUUAUUUUAUUUUAUAUUUUUGCGAAUCUCGUCUCAGUUCAGUUGGAUAUGUAAUAGAAAUAUUUUGUGUUACGAAGUUCGAAUAUUUCGUAGAACUUUUACUUUCAAAUAUGAAAAUAUUUUUGCAUGCGAACGAUUGUCUAGCAGUAACAAUCAAAAUAAUGCUACUUAAGUAAAUGAAAGUAAAUACUUUUUACAUUGUGACUAAGUAAGGGUAUUUUUAUAUAAACGACAUAUUUAACAAUAAACCUAUUUAUUA